UUCAUUUAUUUCACUUUGAGUAUGUACUUGCAAGCAAUCUACUGACUCUGUGACUAAAGUGUUUUAUUUCGAUGGUAUUUAUAAAAUUAAUUUCUGUAUUUCGAACAGUAGCGUAUUUCAAUUAAAGUAUCUCCGACUUUCCAAACAAAAACACUUAUCGUUAGCACAAAAUAAACAUAAACAAAUACAAACAGUGUGAGACGAUAAAAUUUUCAGCCUACAUAAAUUGAAACUCGCAGCGAAGCAAAUAAGAAGAAAAAAAUUGUUUUUACAUUGUUUUACCGUACUUUGGUUAUCGUCCAUUUAAUCGAAAUAUGGACAAUUGCUUAAAUCGUAGUCUCACAAAUUCACAAAUAUACGACGGUGAAUUUUUUGAUGUGGUCGGACAGGAAGGUGAUAUUUUGAUUGUUCGGUGCAACAUAUGUACACCGGACGGUACUGAUGCUCAGUUGCUAAGAACGUCGGUUAAAUCGAACGGCAACAUUCUGAAGCAUAUUAAGAGACGUCACAUUGACAUGCUGGAAAAAAUUAAAUCAACCAAAAGUGUAAAAUCUCGUGCACCAAGAACUAUAAAACGUGAACACGGAAUGGAAGAGAUGGUCAAACCAUUCAAAAAGAAAAUGGUUCAAAUCAAAGUAAAAAAGUCCACCGACAACGAAAUGGAAGAGAAUGACACUCAAGUUUUCAUUACGAAUGAUGAACAAGAUUCGUAUAAUACUGGCAAUGACAUGUAUUUAAUUGAACCGAUGGAAUCGACCGAAUCGGAUGGUGAAGAAUACGUUGAGCUUGAGUUGGACAAUAAUCAACUUGAUGAAAGCCAGUCGGUCGAAGAGAACAGUUCCUUACACCAUGAAUACGAAUACAUUCGGAAGCCUGUCACAACAAAGAGAUUGCGUGAAUCAAGCACAUACGAAGGAACACCGUCAUACAAGCGACCACAAAUCGAUCGUUCAUUGCUCGAAUUUCAGAAAAAACUGAUGCAAAUGGAGUUCGAUGAUAUGAAGAAAUUACGGCACGAAAAGCAUCAACUUGAAAUUGCCAUUCUCAAAGCCGAACUAACACACAAAACAUUAGAGCAUCAAAAACAAAUGGAAAUUAUGAAUAAGAAAAUUCAAGAUUAGAUUGACUUUGUUUUGAAAUACGAUCAUUGAUAGCAAUGUUCGUUCAAUUUACGGAAUUUUUUUUUUUUUUUUCACACAUAAUAUACUAUGUAAUAUAUUUUAAAUCACUUUCACUUUGGAAUAUCGACAUUUAUGAAUUGAACAAACACCUUUUGUUGUAGAAUUAAAAAUAAAAUGAAAUAAAAAAAUCACUUGGACAUUUAUA